GGCUGAGGUGUCACCAGGACGACUCGGACAGACUUCACUAAAGUUUCUGCCCUGGUGGUCUCCUGGUCCAGACAUGGCUCCCAGCGCGCAACUCAAGGAGGCGAUAGCCGACGUGCAGGAGGGGAUCCGUGCCAUCCUGCUCGGACCACCCGGAGCCGGGAAGGGGACUCAGGCCCCCCGGCUAGCAGAGCAGUACUGUGUUUGCCACCUGGCCACCGGAGACAUGUUGAGGGCCAUGGUGGCCUCGGGCUCGGCGCUCGGCAAGAGGCUCAAGAAUACCAUGGAUGCCGGCAAGCUGGUCAGCGAUGAGAUGGUGGUGGAGCUCAUAGAGAAGAACUUGGACACGCCGCCCUGCAGGAAGGGCUUCCUGUUGGACGGGUUCCCUCGCACCGUCAAACAAGCAGAGAUGCUGGACGACUUGUUGGACAAGAGACACGAGAACCUGGACUCGGUGAUCGAGUUCGCCGUCGAUGACUCUCUGUUGGUCCGCAGGAUCUGUGGCAGACUAAUUCAUCAGCCGAGUGGCCGCUCUUAUCACGAGGAGUUCAACCCCCCCAAAGAGCCCAUGAAGGAUGACCUGACCGGCGAGCCGCUCAUUCGCCGCAGCGACGACAACGAGACGGCGCUGCACUCCCGCCUGGAAUCCUACCACCGGCAGACGGUCCCUCUGGUCAACUACUACAGUGCCAGGGGCCUGCACGCGGCCAUCAACGCCGCCCAGAGCCCGGACGUCGUCUUUGCCUCCAUCGUGGCCGCCUUCUCCGACGCCACGGAAAUCCCCGCCCGAGACGUCGCCUGUAAAGACCAAGUGUUCUUCACUUAAAAAACCCUUUUUUCCAUCCUUCUCGUUUCCCUUCCGACGGGUUCUUUCUUCUUUUUCCCCUUCAUGGGUGGAGAUUACACAAGAGUCGAUCAUGUGUCACAGUGGCAACAAAAUGUAACUUUGCGAGGUGUAAACGCGGAGGACGGAGGCUCAGUGUGGCAUCUGCAAUUCAAGAAAUGCACAAUGUUCCACCAGUGUGAUCCCUGUUGUAGAAACGGAAAGGAUUGAAAGAAAUUUUUUUUUUUUUUUUGCUCUUCAUCGCCAAAUCAAGUCUGAAAGGGAACCAUGUAGACACAAAACAAGCUAAGCACCGCGCCUUCAACGUAGAGAUGAGGUUCACUGUUGUGACAUUGAGCAGAAAGCCAUUUCUAGAGAUGCUGUUCACUGGAAGGUGUAAUAAAUAUUGCCGCUUGUUGCAUAUUGUUUGCCUUCACUGGACAGGUUUGCUCUUGUUUAAUCAAUGACUUUGCCCUUUUCUCUUCCCGAGUGUCUCACCCUCUUCCUAUCAGCUACAUGCCUUACUCUUUUACUUCCUUUAAAGGUAGAAGUACAUUAGAAGCAUGAGACAUGCAUCGUCCAGCCUGCCAGUCUUUUUCAGCUCUAAUUUGUGGCACUGAGAGAGGAAGCAGUUGGGUUUUCAUCCAGUGUCAUAAAACUGCAAUGACCCUUUCAACGCUUUGAAAAGAACACGAGGCAUGGUGUUGAUGCAUGGUGUUAUUGCCUGAGAAGUUAGGCUGAGGAAACGCCAAUUAAUGAAACCUAAAAUCCAACAUUUGUAGCUUGCCUAGCAUUAAAUUAAGAAAUACAGAAUACAAAUUUUUGCAUAAUCUCUACAGGAUCAAAGGUUUCAAACUGAGGCCUGCUGGCUGUGACACAGCUCAUGGAGGCAAUUCAGAAACAACGCAAUUUGUGUCAAAUUUUGCCCUUAGUUAGUAUUCAGUAAAACCUGGUCAUGAUCCCCUUUUUUUAGAUUCAGUGUGUCUUACACUUUUUGAGAACAUCAUUAUCCGUCAUGCCCAGUGCAAAGAAAUGCCCAUAAAACCACUCAAACACUCACAGAAAGAUGCUCUUUUUCACUCCAGAACAUGCUUAAAGCUUUAAAGUGUUCUUCAGUAUGAAAGUAAUCCAGUGAUAGUUAUCCGUACACACAGGGGUACAUCGUAACCAGGACCUGCUACUUCAGCUUACUUUUGAUAGUGCUAAGUUGGCAAAAUUUGAACAAAUAUACAAAUAUAGGCAGUUAUUUUAUCUGAGCUGGCUCACAGUGUCAGACUUUGAAAACCUUUUAAACUUUUGUGACACGCAUAACAAAAUCUCUCGAGGUUUUAAUCUCAGACCUCCAGAAUCAGGG